AUGUAUUUUUUCCUGAUCAGUUUGUCCUUCCUGGACAUUUAUUAUACCACCACCAAUGUCCCCCAGAUGCUGAUGAACCUUGUGACCAGAUGGAAAAUGAUUUCCGUUUGGGGUUGCGCAAUCCAGAUGUAUUUCUCCUUGGCGCUCAGCAUGGCAGAGUGCUUUCUGCUCAGAGGCAUGGCUUACGACCGCUACGUGGCCAUCUGUCAGCCCUUGCUUUACGCAGCCAUCAAGAACUGGAAGCUCUGUGUUCAGCUGGCUGCCUUCUGUUGGGGCAGCAGUUUCAUGAGCGCCUUGAUUAUCAACCUUCUUGUCCUGCAGUUGCCCUUCUGUGGUCCCAACAUCCUGGACCAUUAUUUCUGUGAGGUGCCAGCAGUGCAGUCUUUGGCCUGCACUGACACCUCCAGCACUGAAAUGGUAGUGUUCGUUUUCAGCAUCGUCAUAGUCUUCAUUCCCUUCCCAAUGAUUAUGGUCUCCUACGCCUGCAUUUUCUUAGCAGUGCUGCAGAUGAAAACGACCUCGGGAAGGGCCAAGGCAUUCUCAGCCUGCGCAUUCCACCUCACUGCCGUAGCCAUAUUUUAUGGGACAGCCCUUUUCAUGUACAUGCGACCAAGGUCAAAGUCUUCGCAAGACAAGGACAAAGUGAUCGCUAUGUUUUAUACCAUUAUUAUGCCCAUGCUGAACCCCUUGAUAUAUAGCCUGUGGAACAAAGAUGUGAAGGACGUUCUGAGAUCACUCAUGUUCACAAGAUGCUCAGUCCUUUGA